AUUAUCCCUUUUCUAAGUUUUGGGAGGACGACAGAUAUAUAUAUAUGGUUAUUGUAUAUGUACAGAGAGAGAGAGAGAGCGAAUCCAUGGCGGUGGCGGAACCAAGUAGUUGUUGUCGAAAGGUGUUGAUAACAGGUGUUAGCAAAGGGUUAGGAAGAGCCUUAGCCUUGGAGUUAGCAAAUCGUGGCCAUACAAUUAUUGGUUGCUCAAGAGAUCAAGUUAAACUUGAUUCUCUUCAGCAACAACUUUCCACCACUUCUCUAAAUCAACAUUUCUUCUUCAAACUUGAUGUGAAAUCAGACAAUAAUGUUCAAGAAUUCGCACAAUUUGUUGCCAAAAACAACCUUGUUCCUCAUAUUCUUGUGAAUAAUGCAGGUUUGGCACAUAAAAGUGCAAAGAUAUGGGAACUUGACGCAGAAGAAUUUGAUAAUGUGAUUGAUACAAAUGUAAAAGGAAUUGCUAAUAUUUUGAGACAUUUCAUUCCACUUAUGAUUCAAAACAACAAUGGAAUUAUUGUCAAUAUGUCUUCUGGUGCUGGAAGAUCUGCUCAUGAAGAUUUUGCACCAUAUUGUUCUUCCAAAUGGGCAGUUGAGGGACUAAGUAAAUGUAUUGCUAAAGGGCUACCAGAUGGUAUGGCAAUUGUUGCAUUAAAUCCUGGCUCUAUACACACUGACAUGCUUCAUUUAUGCCUUGGUGAUUCAGCUGCCCAAUUUCAAUCUCCUCACAAAUGGGCUAUAAAAGCAGCAACUAUGAUUCUUGAUCUUACUCCAAAAGAUAAUGGAGAGUCUCUAACAGUCAAUAAUCCACGUGAACUUUCAACGGCAUAAUUGAUUUGUAUUUUCAUUCACUUGCCCACUAAAUAGAUAAUGAUACUUAAUUUCGGAUGCAUGGUAGAUCGUGUUUACCUUGUUAAACCCAAUAAGGAUCAUGAAUGCUUAAUGUGCCUAUUAGAAAUGUGUACGAUGAUAUAAAUAAAUAUGGAGUAAACUAAAGUA